AUGUCUGAGGAAAUCUUGAAAAAAUUCCUGACGUCGAUCGAGCAGGAAGACGGCAUCACUGAAGUAGGGAAGAAGAAGAAAAAGAACAAGAGCGCAGUAGCCAGAGAGAAUGUCAAGACGAUACUGCAAGCAGCAGCAAAAGGCCAAGUGCAGUUGUCUGCAGAAGAAAACUACAUAGUCCAAAAACCGAGCACUUCGAAAGGAACCGAUUAUAUCGACGAUCGGUUAGCAUCACAGGUUAAAAAAUGAAAGAGUGCAGUGAAGUACUUUUAGUUUCAGGGAUUCUCAUUGAUCGAUCAGGCACGUUCGUUCAAACCGAAGGAUUUGAAAAAGAGGAACUUGAAGUGAGCGGAAAAUCGGGAUGAUUUAUCAGAAGAUUCUUUUUCCAGAUACAUGAAAUACCAAGAAAGUCGCCGAUUGGACAAGAAAAAGGGGCGAGUUCUGGUGGCAGCGCACAUGAAAACGAAGACUGAUCUGAAGAAUCUGCGAAAAGAGAAAAAGGAAAUUAUCGGUAUGAUUGCACGUGCAUCAUUAAUACAUUUGUCGUCCCAAAAAAUUAUGCGCGUCUGCGUCCCGUUGUGUUUCGAACAACAAUUAUGGCUUGUUCCGGUUUGACACUCAUUGACACAAAAUACUUGGAUACGGACUCUAAGUACAUGCCAUAAUUGUCGAAAAAGAGGACAAGUGUACCGGGCGUACAAAGAACAACCAGAGGUUUGCAGGUGUGAAGGAGCCAAAACGAUCAAACAAGAAGAAGCAAAAGAGCAAGAGUGUGUUCAGCGACGCCGAUUUCGCCCAAGUCGCUCAUGUCGCCAAGCGGGUCAACUCACUGUCAGACCAUUCGUUCCUCUAGACGUCUCUUGUUUUAUUUCCUUGUUGAUUUCUACUGUUUCCACCACAUUUUUGUUUCUUUCCUUCUAUUAAACCUUGUUUAUCACGGUAUUAUUAGUGCGCUACUCACGCCUACACUUAAAAGUGCUCCCCUGCCAUGUUUUGACGGUGAUUCAUCUGCUCGCUAGACCUCGUGGCUCACAGCUAACAGUUAUCAGCCAAUCUAUGUUUUUCCCCAGCCACUAUAUAAUUACCGUCUGAAUAUUUCAAAAUCUGAGCGCGGCGCAAAUGUUGUGGAUUCUAGUUAUCGCCGCGGUUUCUGUCUAUGUUAUUCUCUCCCAUUGGAGCACUUUUUGGGAGGUUUACCGACUUAAUCGUAUUUGCAAUCUAGAAUUUAAGGUUUGACAAAUAGGUCAGCUUUUAGGGGUAAAUGCGAAUUUCAGAAAAUAUCAGGUCCUCAUGCUCUUCCAAUCAUCGGAUCCGCCUAUCAAUUCAAACUAAAUAAUCGGAGUCCGCCAGAAUAAGAAUAUUCAGAAUUGUUCACUGUUUUCUUUAGAAUUCACUUAUCAGCUGGAAGAAUGGGCGCGGGAAUUCGGAAUGAGUCCGAACAGUUCGGGCGUCAUUUCCGUCUGGAUCGGACCCAUUCCUAUUGCAGUCAUUCUGGCGCACGAGGCCAUGAGGGUUCGGGAAAAAACGGAGAGAAUUUCGGAGUACUAAGCAUUUCAGCCUUUAUUGGAGAGCACAGAGAAUAUAACGAAGCCAGUGCAGUACGGGAAAAUAAUGGAAUGGAUUGGAACGGGUUUGCUGACCAGGCAAGUGAAUACUUGGAGCAUUGAAGAUUCAUUACACGAAUUUCAGCACGAACGAGAAAUGGCGACAACGGCGGAAGAUGCUGACGCCGACGUUUCACUUCAACGUGCUCCAGCGGUAUCAGGAGGUGUUCGCGCAGCAGGGACUCGUGCUCGUCGACCUGCUCAAUCGGAGGGCCAACAACCAGGACGUCGUCAACAUUUUCCCGUACAUCAAACGAUGUGCACUGGAUAUCAUUUGUGGUGAUUUCGACCGAAUUGUACUCAUUUGUUCACGACUUGUUUCAGAAACCGCAAUGGGGGCGAAAGUGAAUGCUCAGGUCGGAUCGAACAACGAUUACGUGGACGCGGUCGGCAGAAUUUCCGAGAUCAUUUGGAACUACGAGCGCUUUCCGUGGCUCUGGGCCAAGCCGGUCUGGUACCUGACAGGGCUCGGAUUCGAAUUCGAUCGGCUCGUCAAAAUGACGAAUGAUUUCACGAGAAAGGUGGGGUGCAGGCUUUUCGAAGUUUGGACCAGGGUUGGGCAAAUAGCUGGUCCAGUUGCAAACUCGAAUAGGAUGAGUCCAAUUUUCAUCUGAUCUGAAUGUGUUCCUUUAACAUUAUGAUAAUCGGGUUUUCUUUUGCUGGUGUUGAUGUUCUCACUGCCGUAAACUGAAAGAUCUGCAACAGAAUUAAGAUCCGUGUACCCUUACACAGUAGUCGGUUCAAAUGUUUGUGACCAGUUAGACGGGUGUUUGAGAAGAUCCAAACAUCGAUGAAAUAUUUUUGAAGGUGAUCACCUCCCGAAAAACGGACUUUGACGAAAGCGUUUUCGAAACGACCAACGACCCCGAGAACCCGAAAGGGAAACGAUUGGCCUUCCUUGAUUUCCUGUUGAAAAUGCAAAGCGAAGGGAAGCUGUCGGACGAAGACAUCCGGGAAGAAGUGGACACUUUCAUGUUCGAAGGACACGACACAACCGCCAGCGGAAUGGCAUUUACCAUCUGGUGGUUAGGCCAGUAUCCGGAGUAUCAGAGGAAGGUGCACGAGGAGAUUGACGAGGUGUUCGGCGAGGAUACGAAAAGGUUGCCGACGAAUGAGGACAUCAAGAAGUUGGUUUAUCUGGAGAAGUGCAUCAAGGUAAGUGUAAUGGAAGUGAAAUUAUUGGAAAGGAACAUUGCAGGAAGCCUUGAGACUUUUCCCGUCGGUACCGUUGAUUGCUAGAAAGCUGACCGAGGACUUGCUGGUUCCGCAUCCGAUUUAUAAGACUAUGCGUCUGCCGAAAGGAUUGACAGUAUUGGCUGCACCGCUGGGAGCAGCCAGAGAUCCGAGGUGACAGAUUGAGGGAUCCUGAGAACAUGAUUCCAGUUUCAGAGAGUUCGAACGUCCAGAAGAGUUCUUUCCGGAUCAUUUCGACUCGGACCGAGUCGCCCGACGAGAUCCUUACGCCUACGUUCCGUUCUCGGCGGGACCCCGCAAUUGCAUCGGCCAAAAGUUCGCGAUCCUCGAGGAGAAGACCGUCCUCUCGUGGAUCUUCCGCCGAUUCGAAGUGAGCAGCGUAGAGCACUGGCCGGAAGGACGGCCCGUUCCCGAAUUGAUUCUUCGCCCGUACGACGGCGUCAAGAUGAUUUUGAAGAACAGAAGACGGUUGUAA